AUGACGACGACGAUCAGGAGCUCGACGGGCGAGUGCAAGUACCUCCCGGGGGACGCGGGAUGGCCCUCUGCCGAUGCGUGGGCGCGGCUCAAUGAGACCGUCGGAGGACGUCUGGUCGCGACCGUCCCUCUGGGGAGCCCGUGUCACGGAGCAGCUUACAAUGCGACAGAGUGCGCCCGUCUUCAGGACGCAUGGCUCUACUCCGAAGUCCACAUGGACUCCUCGUCCUCCGUCAUGGCCCCGCUGUUCGCCAACGCGAGCUGCGAUCCGUUCACGCCCAAAGACGUCCCCUGCACGUUGGGCAACUACGUGAGCUACGCCGUGAACGCCACCGGGCCGGCCGACGUCCAAGCCACGCUCGCGUUCGCCAACCAGAACAAUGUGCGCCUCGUCAUCCGCAACACCGGCCACGACUACAACGGCAGGUCGACGGGCGCCGGCGGGCUUGCUGUCUGGACCCACUACCUCAAGGGCACCGAGAUCCUCGACUGGGACGACGGCCACUACGCCGGCAAGGCCCUCAAGGCCGGCGCCGGCGUCCAGGGGUUCGAGGCCAUCGCCGCGGCCAACGAGGCCGGGCUGGCGGUCGUCACGGGCGAGUGCCCCACCGUCGGCUUCGCCGGGGGGUACGUCCAGUCGGGCGGCCACUCGGCGCUGAGCACCGUCUACGGCCUGGCGGCCGACAACACCCUGUCCUUCGAGGUCGUCACCCCGACCGGCGAGAUCGUCACGGCCUCGCGGACGGAGAACCGGGACCUCUACUGGGCCCUGAGCGGCGGCGGCGGCGGCAACUACGGCGUCGUCACCUCCAUCACCGCGAGGGCGCACCCCGACGCCCCCGUCAGCGGCGCAAAGUUCGCCGUCACCGUCGCCGACAACGCGACCCUGUACCGCGUGAUCGACGCCUUCCACGCCGCCCUCCCGGCCAUCGUCGACUCGGGCGUCAUGGUCAUCUACUUCUUCGGCCCGGGCUUCCUCCAGUCACCGGCCCUGACGGCCUACGACAAGACCCAGGCCGAGGUCGAGCAGAUCCUCGCGCCCCUCGCCGACUCCCUCGCCCUGCUCAACGUCACCUUCCAGCCCGACUACACCUCGUUCGACACCUACCGCGACCACUACAACCACUACUGGGGCCCCCUGCCCUCGGGCAACAUCCAGGUCGGCACGCAGCUCUUCGGCGGCCGCCUCCUGCCGCGCUCCGUCCUCCCCGCCUUCGGCCCGACCGCGCAGCAGCUCGUCGAGCUCGGCGUCACCUACAUCGGCGUCGGCCUCAACGUCUCGCGCUUCGGCGGCGACGGCGUCAACGCCGUGCUGCCGCAGUGGCGCGACUCCAUCGUGCAGGUCUCGCUGACGCUGCCAUGGAGCUUCGAGGUCCCCUUCGCCGACAUGGUGGCCGAGCAGAGCCGCAUGACCGAGGUCGUGCAGCCCGUCAUCGAGGCCGCGACCCCCGGCGCCGGCGCGUACAUCAACGAGGCCGACUUCCAACAGAAGGACUGGCAGGAGACCUUCUUCGGCGUCAACUACCCCGAGCUUUUGAAGAUCAAGAACAAGUACGACCCCAACGGGCUGCUGUACAACGUUGCCGCCGUCGGCAGCGAUGCAUGGACCGUUGACUACAACGGGCGGAUGUGCCGGGCAUGA